AUGGCUCAAUUUCCGCCAAGUGGACCCUCGGUCCCACACAUAGAUGCUUCUUCAGUGCCCAGCGGCCCGAGUAGCAGCUCAACGCUACCAGAGCCUCCCAAGGCCACUUCGAUCUUGCUCAUAGGUAUGGCAGGCAGUGGCAAGUCGACCUUUGCAGGAGCUUUGUCGCGUUUUGCAACUACCUCUGAGUCUGUUCCAAGCAAAAGCAAGGAUGAGGAAACGCAGCCUUACAUGGUCAAUCUGGAUCCUGCUGUGCUCAAGACAGGCUACGAACCCAAUGUCGACAUUCGGGACACGGUCGACUACAAAAGGGUCAUGGAAGAGUGGGUGUCGUCGGAUCUUGCGCCUGCGCUGGCCCUCUCAUCUGGGCUGAUAAGCAGCCUUCUCGCUCCUCGCUCACUCGCAGAUACAAUCUGGGUCCAAACGGAGGCAUUCUCACUUCCCUUAACCUCUUCACCACAAAGUACGACCAAGUACUAUCCAUCUUGGAAAGAAGGGCGCAAGAGGUGGACUACAUCGUGCAUGACACGCCUGGACAGAUUGAGAUCUUCACUUGGUCAGCGAGCGGGUCUAUCAUUACUAGCGCUCUUGCCAGCUCUAUGCCCACUUGCGUGGCGUACGUCAUAGAUACACCGAGGACAACAGCUCCAGCUACUUUUAUGAGCAAUAUGCUCUACGCUUGCUCGUGAGUUGCUGGACUUGGGUGCACCUGAUGGCCUCACGCUGCUUCCGGGGCUAAAACUCGUACUUGUCGACGUCUUCCGUACAGGAUCAUGUACAAAACUCGUUUACCCUUCAUUCUAGUCUUCAACAAGACAGAUGUCCAGCCCAGCGCUUUCGCAACCGAAUGGAUGUCGGAUUUUGAAGCAUUUCAAGCAGCUUUGAACGAAGGAAAUGCAACAGAGCCUUCUUCUGUAGCCACUAGCAGACCGGGUUCUGGAAGGAGGAGGACAGGAGAAGACGCUGGGUAUAUCAACAGCUUGAUGAACAGCAUGGCUUUGGUUUUGGACGAAUUCUACAGCAAUUUGAGGGUAAGUUCAGCCUAAGCGGGCACUAUCAGACGUUGCGAGGAUUAUGCUCAGUCAUGUGUGUUCCGCCUUGCAGACCGUUUCUGUGUCAUCAGUGACAGGCGAAGGUCUGCCUGAUUUUUUCAGUGCAGUCGAUGAGGCAAGGACAGAGUACUUAGCAGACUACAGGCCCGAAUUAGAGAGACUAGCCAAAGCUAAAGCCGAAGCGAGGGACAAGAAGAAGAAGCAGGAGCUGGAGAGGUUGAUGAAAGACAUGAAGAUGGGAGGUGCAGCGCCCAGCAGGGGAGGAGUCAGUAGUACGGCAGGCGCCCAAGAGGAAGAUGAGGGAUCAUAUGGGGACAGGUACGAAGGUGAUGGGCAGAUCAUCGAUCCUGUGAGUAGUAAGACCCUGAAUACUGAAGGCAUAGACUAGAGUUAUACUCAAGCCUGCGAUCAUCGGCACGCAGGACCCCGAUGAGGAAACUGGCACAGACGCUAUGGGCUGGAAGAACCUGAGGUCCCAAGCUGAGCAGAGGCAGACGGGGCCUGGAAUUGCCACUUCGGCACCCACAACCAACUCAUUCAACGACGGAAAAUGGCCAAGCAUUAGGUGA